AUGUCCUCGUUGCCACUACCACGAGGGUACUUUCGCUGCCCGCCCUUGUCACCGGUCGAAGUCGACGACCUCCUCGCUACCGCGUCCACAGCCUGUGACGACACGCUUCGCAAUGCACUGUCGAUGGCCGCGACGACGCCGGCACGCGUGCUCCGGCACCCGCGCACCCAGCGCUACGCCACG